UUAAACUAUUCUUAUUAGCCGAAGGCUCGGAAAGGGGCAGCAGCUCUUUAGAAUCAACUAUCAAUGUGUAUGAUCUUCGUACGAAAAAAAGGCAUGGCGAAGUUGAAAAAACCUCGAGGAGAUUAACGGUAGGCACCCGUGUUAUCCCUCAGUACUGGGUCUUUAAGAUCAGUUUGCAAAGAACCGAACUUUUUGUUAAUCGAAAUGCUUCGGAAAAACCCCAGUUUUAGGAACAAUCCAUUUUAUGUUCCUCAAUCUCUUCAGUAUCUUGUCCGAAAAUUCUCACUCUGGUCAAUGAAGAAAGAACCGGAUCUCGAAUCUGCUCUGUCUAGGAACCGUAGGUGGGUUGUCAAUAAUCAAAUCAAGAACAUCAUUCUUCGGUGCCCCGACCGGGUGGCGCCGGUGAAGUUCUUGCAGAAGAAAUUCAAGACCCUUGAUCUACAGGGCAAAGCUCUGAACUGGCUCAAGAAAUACCCGUGCUGCUUCGACGUUUAUCUCGAAGGCGACGAGUACUACUGCCGGCUGACAAAGCGGAUGAUGUUUUUGGUGGAAGAGGAAGAGGCUGUCAAAGAUAUGCAGGAACCGGUGUUCGUCGAGAGGUUGGGGAAGUUGCUUAUGAUGAGCUCGAAUCAUAGACUCAAUGUCGUUAAACUCAAUGAAAUAAAGAGGAAUUUCGGUUUUCCAGACGACUAUCUGAUUAGAAUCGUGCCCAAGUAUUCGGAUAUGUUUCGGGUUGUUAAUUACAGCGGAAGACGGAGUUCGAUGGAGAUUGAACUGGCUUCCUGGAACCCUGAUUUCGCAGUUUCCGCCAUUGAAGCGGCCUCUAGGAAGCAGGGUUCUGAGCCAUGUUUUUCAUGUUCAUUGCCCUCUAGUUGGGUGAAGUCAUGGGAGAGAUCUCGCAAAUUCAACUCAACGCCGUAUAUUUCGCCAUACUUGGAAAUCAGAGGUUUGAUGGAGGGAUCAAUGGAGAUGGAGAAGAGGACUGUGGGCUUGGUGCACGAGCUGUUGUCGUUGACACUGUGGAAGAAAGCGUCAAUUUUGAAGCUAGGACAUUUUAGGAGAGAGUUUGGCUUGCCAGAGAAACUGAAUGUUCUGUUGCUCAAACAUCCAGGCAUUUUCUACGUUUCGAAUAAGUAUCAAAUCUAUACUGUGCUUCUUAGAGAAGGAUAUAAAGGGUCAGAGCUGAUUGAUAAAGAUCCUCUGGUUGUUGCUAAAGAAAAUUUUGGGGAACUGAUGCAGGACGGACUUCAUGAAUAUAAUCGGAGGCGACAUUUACUGAACUUGGAGAAGAAAAAGAAAGACAUAGUAUUGAGGGGAUUAGAGAAAAACAAGACCAGAAGCUCUGAAAUGUCCGACAAUGAUGAUGGGGGAGAUAAGUUGGGAGGUCUGUUUGAUCCGGAAGAAAGAAAAAGGUUCUAUAAAGUUCUCUUUGAUGAUGCUGUUCCAUAAAAUCCAAUUGCGCUCAAAUUCUGUAUUUCGGACAAUAAAAAGGUCAGGAAAGCAUCUGAAUAUUGACUCGAUCCAGAUAGUUUAGAAGACAUGAUGAAUAAGACUUGAGGGCUCCAGAAAGUUGCAUAGAUACUCCAAUGAAGGAUUCUUUGUUGGCAGGAAUGGCGAUUUGCUUCCCACUGAAACUCUCUCUCUCUCUCUCUCUCUCUCUUCUGCCUUGUCUUGAGGAAAUCUCCAUUGCCGACACCUGAACCUCUCAAAAGAACAUGUUGGCACUGAUUAUUUGAGUCUUCAGAAUUAUGACAUCUCUUAACCUCAGAAUAGUAAGAAAUUAUGGUACUUUUAGACCAGAAUCAUUCGAGACAUUGCACUGAAAUGACAUCUCGAUAAUGCUGCUUUAGGCGUGUUACAGACAUAGUCAUCAUUAUGUUUUUCAUUGGGAGUAUGGUGCCAAAACGAAACAAUUGAACAUAGAAACCGGUAUCAGGUAACAUGAAGACAAAGUGUAUUGGUGAGUAACAUUAAUCUCAAACCUUGCAUUGAGUAUUAGACGAACUGAAAUUUGCAUAGCCUUUACAUAUAGGAUCGAUAAAAUUAUACUUUGUCCAGCAAUUCUAUGAAAGAGACAACUUUGGGC